AAUUCGGUUGUUGGCACUUGGUGCUAUAAAACACAAACUUCCACCCGCCACAAUUUUCUCUCUCGCACGCACAAACUGUCUUUCUCAGACCAUUCCUCACCCGCAACCAUGGGUGGUGUUGUAGACCUAUUCGCCGGUGAGAUCACGACGGAGUUACUGAAAAUGCUGUUCAGCAUAGCACGCAAGUCAUGUCUCUGCAAAUCAAGUGCCGAGCAACUAAGCUCCACACUCGAGCAACUCAGGCCCAUGGUCUACGAAAUCAAGAUGGCUGGAGUCGAGCUCACACCUUCUCGACAAACCCAACUCAACAGCCUCUACAAGACUCUCGAAGAAGGCAUCGAUGUCACCCACAAGGUCCUCGCUUCGCCUCGCUGGAACGUCUACAGGAACUUGCAACUUUCAAGAAAAAUGGAUCAGAUUGAUAAGAAAGUUUCGAGUUUCUUGAAAACUAUGGUUCCGAUGCACGUGCUCGCUGAUGUGCACCACUUGAGAGCCGAUACGGCUGAGAGGUUCGACAAACUUGAAGGGUCUGCUCGGCGGCUCGAGCAGAGGCUUGGAGCUAUGAGAAUGGGAGGUGGUGGUGCUGGAGGGUGGGUGAUAGAGGAGGCUAUGAAGAGAGUCGAGGAAGAGGAGGAGAGGUGGGGUGCUGAGAGUGGUUUUGUGAGUUUUGGUGUUGGGUUAGAGUUGGGAAAGAAGAGAGUGAAGGAGAUGGUGUUGACUGAGAGAGAUGAGUUUCGGGUUGUUUCUAUUUGUGGGAUUGGUGGGUCUGGGAAAACCACCUUGGCUAGAGAGUUUUGCAAAGAUGAUCUUGUUCGAAGUUACUUCUGUGACAGGAUUUUGUUCCUGACAGUAUCACAGUCUCCAAAUGUGGAUCAGUUGAGAGCUAAGAUUUGGGGAUACAUUAUGGGGAAUGAGAAUUUGGACUGGAAUUAUAUGAUUCCACAAUAUAAUCUCCAGUAUGAGGGGAGAAUUGGUGCCCGAACCCUGGUGGUAUUGGAUGACGUGUGGUCACUUGCAGUGCUCGAAAAGCUUAUAUUUCCAGGCUGCAAAAUCCUUGUUGUUUCUCGGUUCAAAUUUCCUUCUGUUACCAAGGCUACUUAUGAAGUAGAAUUAUUGACGGAGAAUGAAGCACUGUCUUUGUUCUGCCACUCUGCUUUUGGAGAAAAGUCCAUGCCUCUUGGUUCUGAUGAGAAUCUUGUCAAGCAGGUUGUGAGUGAGUGCAAGGGGCUUCCUUUGGCACUUAAAGUGAUAGGAGCUUCGUUAAGGGAUCAAUCUGAAAUGUUUUGGUUAGGUGCAAAGAGCAGGUUGUCUCGAGGUGAGCCUGUAUCUGAGCCGCAUGAAAAUAAGCUGCUUGAAAGAAUGGCAGUAAGUGUUAAAUUCUUGAGCAAGAAGGUCAGGGAAUGUUUCUUGGAUUUGGGGGCCUUCCCCGAAGACAGGAAGAUUCCUCUUGAGAUCCUUAUCAAUAUGUGGGUUGAGCUACACGAUAUCGAUGGAGAAGAUGCUUUUGCGAUUCUUGUUGAACUUUCAGAGAAGAAUCUCCUCACCCUGGUGAAAGAAGAGAGAACUGGAGACAUGUAUAGCAGUUGCUUUGAGAUCUUUGUCACUCAACAUGAUGUGUUGAGAGACCUUGCUCUUCAUUUAAGCAAUCAGGGACUCAUAAAUGAACGCCCACGAUUGCUUAUGCCAAGAAGAGAGAAAGAACUUCCAAAAGAGUGGGGCAGGAAUUCAGAUCAGCCAUUUAAUGCCCAGAUCGUUUCAAUUCAUACAGGGGAAAUGAAUGAGAUGGACUGGUUCCGAUUGGAUUUUCCAAAGGCUGAAGUGCUCAUCCUGAACUUUUCCUCAACCGAGUACUUCUUGCCUCACUUCAUUGAUAACAUGCCAAGGCUGAGGGCACUAAUAGUUAUCAAUCAUGGUUCAUCCAGUGCAGUCCUUAAGAACCAUUCUAUUUUUACCAAUUUGCCCAACUUGAGGAGCCUCUGGCUUGAGAAAGUUACCAUCCCUCCUAUAUCUAAAGCUUCCAUCCUGAAAAAGUUGAGCAAAAUUUCCCUUGUUCUAUGCAAGGUAAAAAACAUCCUCGGUCAGUCAGUAGAGCUACCCCAGCUCUUCCCUUGCCUCUCAGAACUCACAAUUGAUCACUGUGACGAUUUAUUUGAGUUGCCUUCUACCAUCUGUGGGAUGUACUCACUCAAGAGUCUAAGUAUCACCAAUUGCCAUAGCUUAUACCAGCUGCCUGCUGACUUGGGCAAACUGAAAAGCCUACAAACCCUGAGGUUAUAUGCUUGCCCAACUUUGAAGAUGCUUUCUCCUGGAAUAUGUGAGCUAGUUCGGUUGAAAUAUCUUGACAUUGCUCAAUGUGUUAAUUUGGCAUGUCUUCCUGAAAGCAUAGGUAAAUUAGAGAGUUUGGAGAAGAUUGAUAUGAGUGAAUGUUCACAGAUAAGGAAUCUUCCAAGGUCUGCUUCUUCAUUACAGUCAUUGCGUCGUGUAGUUUGCGAUGAAGAGGUUUCUUGGCUGUGGAGAGAUAUGGAGAAGGCCAUGCCAGAUCUUCAUAUUAAGGUUACUGAGAAAUGCUUUGAUAUGGACUGGAUAAAUGAAUAACAGUGUAUGUUUUUUUUUUUUUUUUUUUAAUCAACAAGGUUGGGGGGAGGGGGGGGGGGGGGGGGGGGGGAUGUUUGGUUCUUCCUAAAAGGGAGACUAAGUUGCUAAGUUGCAAGGCUCUUGGCACGUGUGACUAUUAGUAUUCGUAUUUUUUGAUGUACAUAAGUUUUUGGAAAUAAUGUGAAAAGAUGUAAAUGAAUUAGUGGUA